UAAAUUCAGGCCCACACGCUUAUUCUAUAAGAAUAGCCGAAUAAGAACCGGCCUAAAUGAUAAAAAAUAAAUACUCAAGAGGCAGGCGGGUGGAGAGGAGAGGAGAAACUCUAAUCCCUUUUUCCUGGUUAAUUUCGGCAUUCUGUUUACUGCACUGUGAUUCUCAAGUUACACGGGCAAUUUCGAGUUAUGGGAGGACAUGGUGGUUUGAAUAUUCUACCGCAGAAGCGGUGGAAUGUGUACAAUUAUGAAAACAGAGAAAAAGUCCGUCAAGAUGAAGAGGCUGCAGCAAAAGAAGAGCAACUCAAGCGUGAACAGGCCAGAAAAAGAGAUGCUGAGUUUCGUUUAGAACAGCUUCGUGCUGCCCGUGGUUUGGCUCCGUUGAAACAACCUAAAGAGACAGCCAAGGAAACUGCUACAGAGCAUGUUGAAUCUGAACCCAAGUCGAAUCAUAUCAAUCUCUUUGAAGGGAUUAAGAUUUUUGACCCAAUUAAAGGGUCAGAGAAAGAGGGUGGUGAAGAGAGAGGCGAGUUUAAGAGGAAGAAGAUGAGGAAAGAGGAGGAUACAUUGAAAAAGGUUGUGACAGCAGAUGAUGAGAAGUAUAGGCUGGGUUAUGGGGUUGCGGGCAAAGGGGUUAAGUUGCCGUGGUAUCUUGAGCAGAGGAGCAAAGUUGAUGUCGAUGCUGACAAUCACAUGGAUGAUGGAUUGGUGAGAUUGCAAAAGGAGGAGCAAAAGAAGGGAGGGAAGAAGACGGUACAAGAAUUGAGAGAAGAACGGUUGAAAAGAGAAAAGAAGGAGAAAGAGAGGGAACGAGCAUUGUUUAUGGAGAAGAGUAGGAAAGAGAGGACUUUUUCAAGAGAUAGAGGGUUUUCCAGGAGGUGAGAAGUCAAACAUUAUCAGGGGAGCAUCAACCGAUAAAUUGUGCAGUAGUAAUUGUCUGUUGUUGGUGUAUAAGAUCAUACACCUCAAUCAUGAAUAUGCUUUUUAGGAAACCUUUUCUUAAGAAUUAUAUUCUGGAGCAGUAGCAGGACCAAAUUUAAGAAAUCAUGUAUUUUUAUGCAGAAGGAAAAUUCGAUAUACCAUGUGUAUAUACACUUGAGAUUCCUGCUGCUAUUAUAUAUUAGUCAGAUGCUAUAAAUUUUAAAUUUUGAUGCAACUGCUGGUGUCUCUAUUCUUAAGAUGCUUACUUUAAGAUAGCCAUAUGAUCUUUUUGAACUGGACAAGUAUGGGCUUAAAUUUGUACUAUUUUUAAUUCAGUGUACUUUUUUGCGUUGAA